AUGCAUUCACUACAGUCUUUGCCCUUGGAAAUUCAGUUCAUGGUAAUUGACUAUCUUGACUACGCGUCAGAAGUCAACAUUUAUGGUCAAACAUGCCGUGCAAUCAACAGCUUCGCCGAUCAACGGCUUUAUCAACAUUUUGCUAAGCUGUAUUCGCCUCGAGGGUUUAAACGGGUUAUCGAAAAUGACAAUGUGCUGGCUGUGAGACGGCUACUCUCCGCAGGUGUGAAAUUCGACCGAUACGAUGGAGUCUACCGGGAUCACCGCACGCCGUUCGAACUAGCGGUUUCCAGGGGCAAUGAAGAUGUCGUCCACGCCUUCGUGGAUAUUUUGGGAAGCCAUAAUACCAUGAGCGAUAUUUAUGGCGGUGCAGAAGUCUUGGCCGCUGCUGUGAAGAAUGGGGGUACAGAGAUGCUCCGUCUUUUAACGGAAAUGGGAAAGUCGACAAAGGCUGGCAUUCUACAUGGUCAAUGUCUGGGGUAUGUUGUUUUCUUGAGAAUCAUGUCGCAGGUCCAGGUGCUAAGCAAGUGA